AGGAGUUAAGGCUGACAGGAUUACUCUUAUCAGCUAUUAUUGCUGAGCCAAGAAACCAGCAGUGCUUUCAAGAAAGUGCUGCUUUGAGGACAGAGUAUGUCUGAGUGAUUCUUUCAAGCAUGCUUCAGAGAAGGACGGUCUCCUCUUACAAACUACCUGAGCUCCCACAGCACCACGCCCUGCUUUGAAGGCGAGGAUGUCAAACAGAGCUUGGGUGUGGUGGUGAGAAGCCUCUUUAGACAGUUGAUUCCAAGUGCCUCCCUCAAACCUUGGCACUGCAGUUGCAACAUCUGCUCUGCCAUAAUUGCUUGGAAAAAAACAACUGCUGCAAUCAAGGCACUGCAUAGAAGAGCAUGGAGAAAUUCAGAAGUAUUUUUCUCUUGUGCCUUGGCUUCCUUCUAGUCCAUGUAAGAGGUCAAGGUGAUUUUGAUUUAGCUGACGCCCUUGAUCACCCUGAUGACAUAAUUACCAGGAAGCCUACAGUGAUCAGAAGACCAACAAGACCUGUGUUCAACAAUGAUCUACAUUUAGGAGAUGCUCUUGGUGGGGGUGACAUCUCAAGAAAACCUUUAUACCCACCUCUUCCACCACGCCCAGGAAGUUAUGGUAAUUCUGGAGGUUUUGAUGAUUCAGAUCUCCUUGAUGGAAAGCCUUUACCACCAGGAGGAGAGGAGCAUCAUUUCAAUCAUGGAGGGAACACAGGGAACACAGAUUCGGGUUUAAUAGCUGGAGUUACAUCCCCUGUAAUUUCUGCAUUUGUAAUACUGGUUGUUGGAUCAAUAGCAGCCUACACUGCCUACAAGAAUAAUAAACUUUGUUUCAAACCACGUGGUGGGGCUACAGUGUAAACCACUGAGAGAAGAGCUGCUGUCUGAUCACAGGCUCCUUUGGUUGGUGACAUUCUACACUGCCAUUCUGACAGAAGAAAAUCUUUCUCUAAUGAAUGUUCUCUUGAGACAUUGCAAUCCUGCUCUCUCUAACCUGAUGUCACUUUUGCAUCUUGAGCUUUAUGUCAUCAAAGAUAUGCUGUGAUAUCCAGGGGUUGCAUUGCACUCUCUGACCUGAAUUCAUAAGGAUUGGAUACAGAUUUUGACUCGGAAGUUUUCUUAAGUACAAAGAAAUCAAGUUUGAUAUAAGCUAAAAAUGAAAAGAUUUGGGUUUGUGAGGAUUCGAGUCACCAAAUAAAAUUUUUUUCAGUUUUCAAAAUCAGCCAAAAAACUUAAUUCUUCUGAUAGAAUUGGGAUAGAAAAUUUGCCAUUUCCUUUCACACUUGCUGGGUUUCUCCAGUAUAUUUCUGUAACGUUUACUAUGUUUAAAGAAAAUCUAAACAUAGUAAGUGGGAUAUGACAGCCCCAGGGAGUUAGACUCCAGAAGGAUUAAAAAUUUGAAUGCCUUUAAUUUGUAUUUAUGUUUGAAUACUAGCAAAGUGAAAGGAACUAUAGCUAGAAGAUUCAUUCUUAAUUUUAUAAUAUAUUGAAAAGAUUAUGCAUAUUGACAAACCACUGUUUAAAAUACAUUAGAGAGGAACACAUGCUAAUUCUAUUUAUUUAUUUAUUUAAUUGAUUAAUUACUGAAAUGGUAUUUAGCUCUUCUCAGGAACUAGAAUUUCACUUAAGUUUCUUUUCUCUUCUUGAAAACUUAGGCCCUGCUCUAGGAACCUUUGAAGACAUUAAUCUAGCAAGAUGGUUUUUUUAAGUAUUAUUCGUAACUUUUGGAAAGGGAAAAUGGGUACAAAGCUUUUUCUGAUUCAUUUAGAGUGAGUUUAUGAUGCUUCAAUCUAAAAAUCUAAGUCACAGUGACUUUUAAACUUCAUACUAUGUGGAGGUGUGGUUGACAUAGUUUUUCUAGCUAGACUGUUUUAUGUCUUUCCCUCAUUCCUGAUCAACCUUGCUGUUCUGAUAAUGUCCUCAUAUAAAACUGACACUUCUCCUGUCUCUCUGCCUUCAUUUAGCUAACUGGAUCAGCAAGUAAAUGAAAUACAGAUGAAAGCUGGCAAAACUAGCAGUUGACUGACAACAUUCUGCAAUAGAGCUAUCUGAGCUUACUUUUUAAAGCAUAAGGAAAUUGGUGUGGUUUUAGCUUCAUUUUAUAUGCAAAACAUGGUUUUUGUUACUGCAAUUCCAUUUAUAUGGAGGUGAAUAUGAUUUUGUGUUCAUUACACCAUUGAAAGGAAGACAUAUACUAAAAAAGUACUUUUCAUAAAAUAAAAUACUAUUUAUCUAAAUUGUAUAUCAUAUGGAUAUAUAUUAAUUGCUUGCUUGAUUACCACUUUUUUUUUUUAUCCUGAAAGAAAUGAUCAUGUACAUCAGUUUAAACAUAGAAACAUCAUGACAAUAUACAAACAAAUGAACACCUUUGUGGCUAUCACUUUCAGCUUAUGAAUGAGAAAAUAUUUUUAAUAAGGUUUUCAAGGACAUUUAAUAUUUAUUUUAAAAUAUUAAUUUUCCAUACUAAUAGUUAAAAAAAUAUUGAUAUAUGUUUUGUCAGACAGACAUAAAAAUUUGAUUAAUGAAAUGACAAGUGUUUUGUUGUUGCAACUUCAGUUGUUUGUUCAACCAUGAAAAUACAUAUUUUGCUUCUUUCUCUUCAAAAUUUUCAAUAAACACCUACCAUGUUUUAUCUAAGAUGACCCAA